AUGUUUUCGUAUUUAGUUCCGAGAGAGAUCAAAGCACAAGGACCAGAAGCGAAGCUUGCUUAUGAAAAUGCCUUGAAGACUGGAAAGGUUAAGGUGUACCGUGCUCGAAUCAUGCUGAUCGGUCAAGAUCGAGCGGGCAAGACAAGCUUAAAAAAGUCGUUCUUAGGUCUACCAUUUAACCCUGAGGAAGACAGCACUGAUGGAAUUGAAGUUGACCCUUCAAAAUUCGAAGUCGACAUCGAUCAAGUAAAGAACUGGAAACUCACCGAUAAAAAGCUAAGUGUGUCUCAAUUUGCCCUUGAUCUUGCAAAAAUGGUGGCUAAAGAAAUACAGGAACGAGAUAAAGACAAAGAAGUUGCACAAGAAGUUAUUGAAGAGGACAGCGACGACGACUACGAGAAAGGAAGAGAAAAACAGAGAGGAAAAAAAUCAAAGCUGGAUGACUACAAAUCAAAGCAGGAUGAUCCUGAUGAAGAUACAAACAAACAGACAAAAAUGGGUCAGGUUGGUGAUAGAAAACAACCCUAAAUUAAAAUAAAAACAAAUGAAAUCAGGAAGAGAAAAAAAGGAAAGAGCAACAACAAAAAGAAAAUCCUCAUACCUUAACAGACUACAAUGGGUACUACACGAUAAAAAAUUCAAUGGUCCACGUAGCUGGCGAGUGUUCUAGUUUUUUCUCGAGAAGGUUGGGAUUUCCCUCGAGGCUUCUCCCAGGAGCUUCUACGUGGCACAAGAAAGUACCCCGGGCAUAACAAUCCCGCCGGCUACACAGGCUGAAAAAUUCACUAGCUUGGUUAUAUUCAUCCAAUUGCAAAUAACCUGCUGUGGACUAGAAUAGCAAUCAUCAGACACUAUUAUUGGAUUGUUUAUAUAUGUUGCGGUUCAAUUUUAUCAUCUUGGUUUUAAUUUUAUUUCCCUUUGUUUUAAAAUCAUUAUCAUACUUUACCAUACCCAAAGACAAAGGGGAAUAAUAAUUAAACCAAGGAUAAAAUAGGCCACUUCCGAGUUCCAAAAACCCUCACUUUCAAAAUGAGGCCAAGUGCAUAAUCUUUCAAAACUCAUUUCCUCUGUGAGGAAAUGAGUUUUAUUUGCAUGGGAAUGAAAAAUCAUUUCCAUAUCAAAGGCUGAGCACUUAACCUCGUUUUGAUACAGAGGCCCGGGGGAACUCGGAAAUGGCGUAUUAAACCACAACAUAUGCAUGUAUGUGAAAAAAGCAAUUUGUCAGUAAUCUGUUAAGUUUAUGGUGUUUCUCUGUUGUCAACCUGAAAUGACUAAUGUAUUUAUUUUUAUCAAAACUUGUAGUCUGGUCUUAACUCUCCUGGAGAACCUCGAUUGUCAAAACCGCCAGUGGUUAACUCUCAAAUGAAUCAGGUAAGGCGUUUUCUCUGGUUGUAGCCUUAAAUACUCCAAACCUGUCAAAAGAAUUCAAGAAAGUGAAAUUUUUACACACACCAGCCCAGGUUUCAAUUUUAAAUUUGGCUAGGCUUUAUCAGAAGAUAACGGAAAAAAUGAUUACUAUAGUAUGUCGUUAGCUAACUGGAAUGUAAAAGAAAAAGGAAAAUUUAACGUUGUUGCAGAUCCAGUUUUCUGUUUUUCUUUCUCUUUUCUUUUUUUUUGUUGAUAUUUUUCGAAAAGCGGUUUACAGUAGGACCGUCUCUCUCCUCUUCUGACUUUAAGGUUUGAUCAUCGCAAAUUAGGCUUUAUUGUACCAAGGCGUCCUCACUGUCCCAUUACAGUAAGGCGAAAGAACAGUGGGAGUUGUAAAGAUUGUGAGUCGUCUCUUAAAAACCUAUUUCCUGAAAAGUUUCUUUAUCCUUGGAGUAAAAGAAGGGGGAAAACAAAGUGGUGUGUGACGGAAUGUGGCUUUUCUUUAAAGCAAAAACUUAAUGAACUUACGUAUAGUGUACGUUAAAGGGUUUGGUGAAUAGUGUUAUUUUUUUCUGGCUAACUCCAAGCACGUGAAUUUCAUUCGGUCAUAAUCUGCUGAACAAUAAACGUCGUUUUUUGCAAGUACAAAUAUGUACCCGGGUGUAUUAACAAAGCGAGUACCUUAAAAGCAACUCGCUAACUUCUUAACUAUCACUUGACUUUAAAUUUUGACAUGUUGGAAAGUUUGGGGACUGUAAAUAGAAGCUAACCUUUUUCAAAUUAAUGUCUUUUAAGAGAGGAUCUUGUGCUUAUCUUUUAACAUUACAGGUCAGUGCUCCACCCCUAGUGGCUAUUUUUUACCUAUUCAGAGCUUUAUAUUUCCUGUGUAUUUACUGUAAUGAGUAGUAUAAUGAAUUACAGAGUGUAACCCUCACAUAGUUUUAACUCUUCGUCCAUCAGUCUUACCUUGCCAAGGGUACCUCGCGCUUUGCUUAUUUCCAGUUGUCCAUCUUGCGCGAUCUCUAGCAGCGUGGCUUGAAAUUAUAUACAUGUUUAAAAACUGGAAGGGUGCUUUUAUCAAGAUUCACUUGGGAACGCAGUUCAGUUGGUACUAACAGAUAUUGAUGUUGAAAUAUCUCGUGUAGAAUAUCGGCCCUUUGUUCUAAGAGACAAACUGAAUGAAAACAUCGUCGCUUGCAAAACCCCCUAUGUACAUAUUUUGUCCUAACUGCCCAAAAGGUACAUGUUAACCAAUUUAAACAAUUUAAACAAUUUAGGACACAUCCAGGAAUGCCAGUAAAGAGACAGAAACAGGAGCCCCAGCGGUUGAAUUAAACAUCGACGCUACUUCGCCCCCAGAAGAAUUUACGGAUUAUCUUGAUCAACUUUUGAAAGGUCUAAACCUUCAGACUGAUGCAACGACAGUUGAAAAUCACAUGAUCCUUGAUCUGUGGGACUUUGCUGGUCAACAGCUGUACUAUGCGUCUUACCCAGUUUUUUUAUCGCCACGAGCAGUUUACAUGUUGGUUUACGAUCUCAGCAAAGGAUUAAACGACCCAGCUCAACCUUGUUUUAAACAGGGAGAUGAGGAAACUUUUCUCGGUAACCCAAAUGAGGAAACGAAUAUGGAAAAUUUGUUGUCUUGGCUGGUUUCAGUCAGCAGCAUUUGUUCAUCAGAAUCAGAAAAGGUAGUGGAAGGUCUGCCUCACUGUCGCCCUCCAGUGUUCAUUGUAGGGACACAUUCGGAUAAUUAUAAACAAUGUGAAGAAGAGAUCACCAAGAUCAAGUCGCAUAUUCAGAAGGAAAUUAAAAAAAACUGUAAAAAUGUAAUCCGCCCCAUCUUCUGUGUUGACAAUACUCAAGGAUCAUCUGAUAGGGGAGUUAGUGCGCUCCAGAAACGCAUGAUUGAAGUUUUGAAACAAGAACCAUACAUGGGAGAGGAGAUACCAAUUCGGUGAGUUUUUAGUGGAGAAUUCUGAAAAAAGGUUUAUAACUCUCCAGUUUUCUCUAAUGUAUAACAAUAUUGACUGAAAAUGAUAGAACUCUGAUAACAGAUGUUUAAGUGGUUUAACGUAGAAGCAAACUCACACCAAAACUGAGGGUCUCAUCGUCUAGCUUCGUCUUACAUGAGGAGGAGAUGGUUGCAGUCCCUAGAGUUGUUGUUAUGUUAUGAUCUCCAAGAUAACGCUAAUACCUAUAAUUUGCUGGUGCAACUGGUCAUUUUUUUUUAUGGUGUAGGGAGGGCAGGUGGGAUUUGAUGCGUGUUUCCUGAAACAUUAUAAUGACUCCCCCCGUCGCUUACACCACUACACUUCAUUAGAAGUUUUUUUACUUGGUCCAUUGUAGUCCUUAUUAUUUGGGACGAGCCUUCCCCUCCGCCUCUUCCACGUGAAGAACAAACGAAAAAUGAUAAAUGAAUUUAAAAUUAAUGUCUACUCAAUUUCAUCAAACAUUGUUGCCUGGAAUCAGUCUGUACAGAGUAUUAAAAGUAAUUUUCUUGUAGGAACACCGACUGAUAUCCUUCCUGGAAAAUUUUAAAAUUCGAACGUUUCUUAAAUAACGCAGUUUGACGCUUUCUGAAGUGCGGCAUAGAUCAACAAUUAGUGACCUAAAAAGAAAAUAUAGUGUGGUACCACGAUGUUUUACUUUUGCGUGUCAGUGAUUUGUAAAACACAGGGAAGCGUGCAACAAAUAAUAAUUUAAAAAAAAACAUCGAAAUGUCCAUAAAGCACGACUUGUAGCCAAGAUUCAUGUGUAGUACGGUCAAUGUGGAGGUGCUUCAUUUGAUAGGGCCUAUCAAAUUCGUCUUAAUUCAAGGGGAACGCACUUGUAGCAAUUUUCUUCCAAAUAAAAAGAAGAAGACCUUAACUUUUUUCCUUGUUGAUUUAUAAAGAAAAGAGUCUAAGAAGUAUAAGUAAUUUAAUGACUUAUAAAAACAGCUAUCCUGCCUUCCAUUUACCUUAUUAUUCCUUUUCAGAUGGUUCAACUUCGAGAAGGUUGUCAAAGCUUUGGUUGCCAAGAAAGUGUACUGUUUAAACACGGAAUUAGUUCAGACCAUUAUCCAGAAACAUUGCUUCAUUGAAAACAAGGAGGAGGUUGCCACUAUGUUGAAUUUCUAUCAUGACCUCGGCGUGAUUGUCAAACAUGGCAACACAGUUAUACUUCAGGCUGAAUGGCUUAUUAAACUGUUCAAGCAACUCAUAACCCUUCGCAAGUUUGAAAACAUGGUAAGAAGAAAACAUCAGUUGCAUUUCCACACCCUCAAACUACAGUGUGGCUCUGACUUAGAAUACGAUCUGACUAGUCCUAGUCAGCUUUGGAGUCGCUUAUUGCGUUCUGUUAGUGCUGUACUGAUUGGUUCAAUUGAUUCUACUUUCAGCGUCCCCACCUACCUUGGUACUGCCACGGUCCUAAAAAUAAAGUUCACUAUAUCUCUUUAAAAGUCUGAAUCGUGCAAUUCAACUUGAAUUAACUGGACACCCUCUAUUAAGCGGAAAGUAGGCAAAGUCUUUUACAGUAUUGUUUCUAAUUAUAUUUUGUUUGUAUAGAGCUUACUUUACUCAUUUGAUCUUCUAAAAUUUGAGGUAUAAUCUUCGUAUAUGAGCGGACUAAUUAUUAGUCCACUCACAUAAAGAAAUUAAUGCAAACAUGUAUUGUCAUACUCUCAGUCUCUAGGAGUAUUCCGAACGUUUCCACCAUUCAUUUUAAUUUAACUCCUAACAUGACAUUGUCUAUGGAAAGCUGUAUGAAGCGGACACUAUAGCAUUCCCCGAGAGUGUCCGCUUAAUGCAGGUUUCACUGUAUCUUGUUGCCAGAAAACGUUUUCUUCUUUAGUGGAUCCUCCCUUGGUAUUAUCGCUACUUCACGUGUGUGUUUUAUUUUUCAUUGUCGUUGCUUUUUAGUUACCAAAGCAUAGUGAUUUGUGGGACGAAAUGGAGAGUACUGGUGUUCUCAACAUGGAACUUGUUGAACAUGUGUUUUCCGAGUUUUGCCAGCAAGGAGUAGUCAAGGAGGAUAUCCUUAAACUGAUGAUGAGGUUUGGAUUGAUCGUGUCAUUUGCUCUCUCACCAACAGAAGAAAAAUAUUUUGUACCAUGCCAACUAAGGUCACCUCCCGACAUCCUCUGCAAGAAGGAGCCAUCGCCUGAAGAUCCAUGUCCACUGUACCUUGACUUUCAGCGAAUGGGCUACGUGCCUCAUGGUCUUUAUUUACAGCUUGUGUCACGAUGCAUCGAAUGGUGCUCUACGAGUGGAUUCAAGGAACCCCCUGAAUUGUACGAUGGGGCAUCUCUGUUUUUCAUUGGGAAGGAGCUCACUCACCAUAUGAUACUUGUGUGCAAGAAAAGAUUCAUAAAGAUCGUUUUGAAGCAAAUAAAGCGAAAUGAUGGGUCUUCAUGUGAGCCGCUAUCAGCAAAAGAAGUACCGAUUCUGAUACGAACAUUUUUUAAUGAGAUGAUGCAAGAUCUACCAGAGGCACUUCCCUGGUUUAAAAAUGUAGCUUACGAACUGUGUGUAAAGUGUCCUUACUGCCUGAAAGUGGAAAAACCAUGUAAUAAUCAUGGCCAAUUCCCUUGCCACGACGAGCGCUGUUUGUGUCUUAAGACCGUUAAGCCAGAUGGAUCUUUCAGGUACUGUAGAGGGAGCCUUUGUGGUGAACUUCUUUCAAUUCCUGAACUCAAAAGGUGGUUCUCGAUUAGCAGAGAGGAUUGCUCAAUCCAAGGUGGGGCGGAUAUGAUAAAAAAAUGAUUUCCUAAAAUUUUUAAGUCUUAAUUAUGUGAAUUUGUGUUUUGUUUUACUAAGUAACAUGGCCGUAGUUUAUCAAUAGAGGUAGAUUCCACUAUUUCGCCUAAUAUUGCAAUAAUACAAUUGUAGGUAUGGACACUCGAUCCUAUUUAGCCAUUGUGUAUGUCCAUUUAGAUUGCACCCAGUGUUCCCCUUCAAGUUUUGGCCUUUUCGUACUUGCAGUAUUAGGAGGAAAUGUUGUACCAGUACUGCUAGGCCUGUCAGAAACUGUUUCUUUGAAGUUUGGGUUGGGUUACAACCGCCUCGUAUCGCUGCUUAUCGAUAGUUUUCGUCCACAGCAGCUGGAGGCGAUCAGAGAUGGCAGAAUUUACCUUGCAAAAAGCCCCGUCAAUCAAAGUAGUCCCAACAUUUCAUCACAACAUGUGUUGAUGUGACCAUGUUGUGAGCCGAAAUUCAUUACAUCUGUUGUAUUUACGUUGCAGAAAAGCUCUUGCCACGACAGGGACUGGGACGAGUUAACUUUUGCGAAGACUUCUGGGACUGCAACUGGGGACAGGGGAACAAAACUGGCCAAUAACUGACCGGUGUGCCCCCAGUAACGAUCCCAGAGGUCUUUAGCACUAGUUAACUCGACCCAGGGACCCGUUUCUCGAAAGUUCCGGUAGCUGUACGGGCUGGAAAAGAUGCUUUAUGUUUGUCAUAUUUGCAUUCAAGAUCAAAGUUUCAAAAAUUUUGAAAAUGAUACAAUGAAACAAUUAGUUAACGAAACAAAAUUGACUGGUGUGUGUUCUACUAUUCAACAGAUUUUUAUUUAAAAAUUUGCCUUUGGGCUCGAAAAGCCAACUAGCCUUUUGAGAAACGGGCCCCUUUUGUAAAGUGACAAAUAGAAACAUUGUUGUCAUAAUUUUCUUUAACUAGAUACGUCCGAAGAAGAGGUGGAAACACGUACUGUAUCUCAGAAAAGGUUGCCCACUUUCAUUCCCCAGUUUCCUGACCAAAAAGAUUAUCAAGGUAGGAUUUUUUAGGCUUGUUACUAAAACGGGGAACGGGAAAAUGAAAAACAGGAACAAAACCUAACUUGAACCCCAGCAACCUCGUUCCCAGGUUCUCUCUCCUACCCGUCGAGAGUCCGUAGGGACGGAAGGGAGAGAACCCUGCGAACGAGGUUGGAACCGCAGCCCUAUCAGUACUUUCAUUACCAGUUCUCUGUGGCCGCCUGUGAUCGUACAAGGAUAAAAUCACCUCUAAGGCGAUUGAAAAAUAUCGGUAUGGUCUCCGAAAAACUGUAUCGAAACAUUUUUUUAAAAUUGUAGAUGUAAUAUAUCAACAACGACUGCGAGGGUUUCAUAUGUGGAAGGAGUAAUUUAGUAAGUGGAUGACAAUAAAAAGCAAAAUAGGCAUCAUUUAUUGGCCGGGCACUUCAUGAAUUAUUAAUGAGUUUGAGAAAUCAUUUAUAACCAUUGCAAGAAAGGUACCAAAUGUAUGUUUAAGACUGCCUACAAUCCAUAAAAAUAUUAAUAAAGUUCAAGCUCCUUUACUUGCACUUAAUAUGGCUAUGAUAUAAAUAUAAAUUUGCUAAAUAUUAUCGAAAAUAUGUUAAAAAUUGCCAAAAAUGUGUGGGUUGUUAAAAAAGAAAACAACAACGUUUAGGUUCCUUAGCUUAACUUCUUAUGUGUCGUUUUCUAUCCAGUUCUGCUUGAAGUUUUUCCUGAAUUUGCCAGCUUCGGUGUCGUGCAUUUCUUUCGUUUCAUUUUCCGAGCCUCUGUGUUUCCACUCCUUCAUUUUUCCAGCCUUUGUAGAGGAGAAAUUAGAAAGGUUAUAAUUACUGAGUACAUGUGAGCACAGCAUGCAAAUGGCGUCACCAAAAUUCAAAGUAAGAAACUAUCGAUUCUUCUGAGUUUCUACUUUAAUGAGGUGUUACAGCACCUAAAGACUUUUAACGUUAUGCACUUAUGACGUCAUAAAUUCCCUGCUGUGAAUGAGACAUUGAAACUGAUUCAUAUGUCAUGCGUAUAAGAAUAUUUUGUUUGGUAAAGACGCGUUCGCCUGCAGUGUUAGGUCGUCUUUGAAGAGUUUUAUUGUCAAAAUAAAUAAAUCCUGGUCUACUCUUGGUAGCAGCAGGACUGUUUUGUAAUGCCAGCACUAUCCCGCAGCAUUCAUGUCUCUAGGCAGUCCUCCCAUAACAAUUGGGAUAACUUUUACCAUCUUUAUCUUCCAGAUAGCUAUUUAAUCUCAAGAGCCAGGUCAAAGUAUUUGCAUGGUGACCUUUUCCUCUUGUUUGUGUCAACUCUCCUGUGACUUUUGUAUGUAACGUCAAUGAUAAGGCAAUUUUUUGUUGUGUUUAUCUACUAGCACGAUGUCAGAUAUUUUGGCAGUUCGUAAAUAUUAUUUUAUAUUUUUGCAGUUCGUAAUGGCGAAUUUAAGUUCUAUAAUAUGUUCUGUGGCGAGCUCACUUCUUGACAACAAAUCCAGAGUAAAUGGUGGGACUUGAUCUCGGGCCCCAAGAUUGCAAUUCCAACGCUCUAACAAACCGCUCAGCUACAUUGCCUCCUCAUAAACUGAGGAGGCAACUGUAAUGAUAGUUAAACUACCUGGUUACCCCUAUAAAGAUUAUAUUUUAUAAAGAAGUUUUAUGUUAUUGAUUAAUACUGAACAAUUUUUGUCAAUUAUUUAUAGGGAAGCAGAAUUUACAGGGCAAACAGGAACAAAAGAAGGAUAAAACCCUAAUCCAUCAGUGAGUACUAGAACCUCGGCCGGUUUUGUGCUACUUCUAUCUUAACAAAUCUGCGCUAAGUUCGGUUGCACUUCUCGUCUCCACACUGUUUUGAUUUUAAAACUUGCCUUUACUGACUCGAAAGGCACUCUUGGUCUUUGCGUACAGUCAAAUUUUAUGGCAAUUUCGUUUGUCGACGCUAAAAAAAAAUUACAAAAUCAAAAGUGUUUUCCAGUUUCGCCAAUAGGUUCGAAAUAAGUACACUUACUGAUCAAUUUUUUGGGAUCGGUGGAUCACUUAUUAAUAGAUGGUUUGAUUUGAUUGCUUCCAGAGGAAAAUUGACCAGCAACGGGAUUCAUUUGGACCCAGAAGAAGAGGGUGUCUUUUUUAUGUUUCCUCCUUUCUCCGUGUCUACGCCCACGUCAAUAGUGGUCUACAGAUGGAAACGCAGAUUCCGUUCGCCCCCACUUCAAGAGCACGAGGCGAUUGUGAGCAGUGUGAUUGAAAUCGCAACAAACAGCGGCCCAGCACUUAAAUUCAAUCAUUCAGUACAACUCUUCCUCUGUCACAGUGCGCCGGACCUGGCUGGCUACGAAAUUGUCAUUAAAAAGCUGGUUGACACUAAGAACAAUAUUUGGGAAGAUGUGGAUGUAACAAAGGACCUACAAAAUGAGUCAGGUGCUUUUUCCCUUAAUAAAACUUCCUCCCAUCCACCUUUAUUUCAAUAAACAUUUUCUAGAACUGAUAACUGUAGAUUGCAAGUAAUAAUUGAUUCAUGUUUUUUCUGUUCAUGUGAUUAAUUGACAAACCUUGGGUGCCUCCCAUUGCGACCAAUUCAAACGAACGAGUGUCGCAAAGUGCUCUUGCAUCUGUUGAUUUGUAUGUAAGCGUUAUGGUUUAAUUUGGCCAUUUUGUUGAUUACAGAUGUUAGAAAUUACCCUUCUCUCGCGGAUGUUGAGGACUUGAACCUUCCUGUUGCACUUACUGACAUAAGUGAAUGUACGACGUAUGCAGUUGUUUGCCGUCUCAGAUCGUCUCCACCUUUCACCAUCACAUCUUUUGGUGGUUCCUUUAACCAUCCUGACUAUCCAGAUGUGACUGUAACAAUCCCUGAGAAUGCCGUGCCAAGUGGAACAAAGUUUUCUGUACAGCUUCAGGUAGACAUGGCUACUAUUAUCUGCUAUUUAGUUGAACAAGAGAGCAAAUGGCAGAAAGAAAGCCAAGCCAGUUAUCAAGGUUUUUAGCCAUUUUCCGACAAAACAUUAGUUGGGAUGUUGGGCAUAAAAAAAUAAAUGUUUUCUACAUACAAGUCUUCAUCUUUUAGUAAUUAAAGUAUUCUGUUUAAUUGCUGCUUAAUAUAUUUUGUAAAAUACAUUUCAAGUAAGCCCUCUUCCCUGUGUAUGCAAGAUUUCAAGACAAGAUUUUGAUUUUUGGAGGACUGCUUAAACGCGCGUAAUCGGGUGAAGAAAAUUGUGAGUAUGAGUACCCUUUUUUUACAUACUGAAUCUUACAGGUACAAGAGCUCCCAAGUGAAACUGAGGGACAGGGUCUGUGUUAUGGACCUGUACUACGAAUCAACUGCUCCCAAGUUGUUAAUUUCCUAAAGCCUGUCACAAUUUAUUUGCCGGUGUCUUUACGAGGCGAACCAACGGGAAUUCCGAAUACCUCGCUCCGUGUCAGAGUGUUUUUUCGGAAUUGCAAUAGUGAAGAUAAAGAAUGGACGGAAAUCACCCGCGAUCUUCGAGACCCGGCACAUUUUGAUGGGAAAUUGGUUCAGUUCCAGGUUGACCGCUUCUCUGGGUAUGAGUAUUAGCUUCUUCAGGCUUUCACUGCUAAUAGUGGCAUAAGUACAAUAAUAAAAAAAAAAAUUCAAAUGCCAAAGAGGUUUUAACUGAAAUGAUAACAACACAGGAUUUCAUCCACAGAUUUAAACGCUAGACUAACAAAUCAUCCCACCGUAACUUGGUGUAGGAAUGAAGGAGUUAAGCAAGGAGGGCAAAAACGCAGCUAAAUCUCCCUCUUCCAAACCUCUUCACACAGGCUGCAUCCUGCCGUAACGAUAUGCAUAUCUUGUAGGUCAAUUUAAACUCUGUGCGCGGAAAAAUUUCGCGUGGCUAUAAAAGGUUUUUCUUCCCUCACACUCAUUGGUUAAUCAGUGAUCAACCUGGCGGGAAAAGUACCUUAACGUUCACAGGCAUUUCCUUUUCUGCAGGAGAUGGUUAAGCCGAGUCUCUACUUUUUUUUAAAAAAUGCUCAAUUAUAAAAUUGAUUCUUAGCAAGUAUGUCCAGCGGUGUAAUCAUAACUUAAUAUCAAAUCGUAAUACUCUUAUUGCGUCAUUCUAAUGCCAAACCUUGUGGCUCGCGCAAACCAUUCCAAAUUAUUUUUUUAUGACUGCCGUGAACUGGCCAAUAAAGACCCAAAUCACAAAUAACACGUGAUUGUAGGACUCCCUUGUAGUCGUUUGUCCAACAACUAUUAAUUGACCCAACAAAAGGGAGUGUAGUUAGUAAAAUGUGUAUGUCAGUUUUUCGUUUCUCAGAUGAUGAUUUACUGCCCAGCAUCUGCUCGUAGCAUUAUACUUACAAUUUUUAACCUCUAGUUCUAGGGCCUUAUAUUUUAAUCAGUCAGUUAAAUUGAUCUACUCUUAUGUUUCUCUCUUCUAGUUAUGUGAUUGGUAUGGAAAACGAGAACAACGAAACUGGCGAUGUCGCUAAAGAACUUAGUAAGCGGGCCGAGAGAGUGCCCUUAAGAGCGGUUUUCUUCGCUUUCUUUCGUCCGAAGUCCAGAGAAGUUAUAGUCCUUAUAUGUUGUCCUAAGCACCUUAGAAAAGAGGUGUUCAUGGAGCUUAAGGAGUAUCUGCCAGAAAUGCCAAGCGAGGGAAAUUCGAGAGAAUCUUUGAUACCAGACCAGGACAAGGCGUUUGUAUUUGCCUCUGGUGGAGUACGCGCAUGUGAACCGGAAGAACCGAAGAUUUAUCUGGAGUAAGCGUACAUACUAAUAGUUAGGAAAAUCAAAUGAACUAAACGGUAUCAGUUGAAAAUGUCUAAUAAGCCUUGUAGUAUGAAAUAAGUAUUAGUCAAAAGGAAAUCGGCCUUUGUUUAAUGAUUAUUUCAGUCGUCAUGCUGUCGAAUUCACUUAGCUCAUUUCGGCAGAGGAACGUACGGCCGAUGAGUUAUCUCCCCAUUAAAUUUGUUUGUCUUUAAUAACAAGGGAUGCUGCAUUUCAUCGUUUUACAGGGUUGAUGACGAAGAGCAAUACAAGCAAGAGUUGAGAGUUGUUGUGCUUGAUAACGAUACUUUGGCAGAAGUUGAAUUUCGUACCGCCUCGAGUCAAACAGUCGGGUUUUUCCUGUGUAAAUUGCACUUAGAUAUCCCUGUAAGUUGUAUAUAUAUUUUUAUCACUUUAGAUUUAGCGUUACAACUGAGACAUCAUUCUAUUCCGGGGAAUUAUUCACUUAAACCUGGUGUUCAUAUGAUCGUCCGAAUCGCCUCUUGGCGUCUAGUUAAUGUACGGAGAAACACCAGACUCGUCAAAAGCAUUACGGUUAGACGCUCGGCAUACCUCACCCAAGUAAGAUCCCUUAUUGGCUAUGCCACGCAAAUCUGGACUCCGCAGUCAAUAGAUCUGAUUCAAAAGCUCGAACGUGUCCAUAGGCGCGCUACAAAAGUAUAUCCUGAGAUCCUGCAUCUGCCAUUCAUUUGUGACCAAACAUAUAGGGACGGGCUAAUGGAACUUGUCUUAUUAUAGAUCUCCUACUGGCACGAGUUUUAAGACAUGAUUUUCUUUUUUAAAGUUGGAACCGGCAUAAAUCUAAUAGCAACCGUAAUGUUACACACUUUGUUUCAAGGAAACGUAAUACUGUCACUUUUCAGAGAUCUUUUUAAAAUAGAACCACCAGAAUCUGGAACACCCUAGCAAAUGACCUUUAACAUUCAUGCAACCUUCAGAUCAGUCAGUUCAAAUCUAUCAUGUAUAAGUACUGUGUAGAUGCCUUAGAACAUAACUACGACCCAGAGAACCCACGAUCCUGGAAAACCAUAUGUCCGUCAUGUAACGUUUCACGUAACGUGUUUGUCCGUCUUCGUUGUUGCUUUUAAUUGUCAUAUGUAGUUGUACUGUUUUUUACAUAUUUUUUGAGCUCUAACUAGUCGUUUAUUAUUUUUUGUUUCAGUAUAUACAGCACUUAACAGUUUUUCUUUAUUAUGCAAUAGGCGAAGCUAAUAGAAUAAAAUAAAAAUGAAAUAAAAAAUCCCUGUUUUAUUACUGUAAUGGAUUGACGUCAUUAAAUUAGGGAGCUUGAACAACGACGACGACGGCGAAAGUGAAAACGUCGCUGAAAAAAUUAAUUUCCGUUCUUUCAAACUUAAUCGCGUCUAUUUGUAUCCGCCCAAUUUGUCAAAUGUAGACGAUUUCUCCUGAAGAUAAAUUCUUAAGGACAUAAUAUCCAAGUUAUGGCUCAGUCAAUUCCAAGUGUGCCUAUUCUCCCUGGGCAUUUGUCGGGUAUUUGUCAUUUUGUUUUGAAAAAGCUGCAAAUGCCCCACGGUGGCGUUCGGCUGUUCAUACAAACUGACCCCAGGGUUGGGCUUAAAAAAGGGUUCAAAUGCCCCACCCUGGGACAACGACAGAAUUGCAUUUUCCUGUAAAUAAGCUGCUAAUUCCAUUCUUAACAGGCAAUACAUAACUUAAGAAUAAAACAUUUUUUUUCCAAUAUAUUUAUAAUUUAUAACAAUAACGGUGUUUUUAAUAUCAUUUACUUUACGAUUACACAUUUAUACCGCAUUUGGAAACUCUCGACAAAGGACUCGAAAAUUUUUAUCAUCAACACUACCAUCCAUUCUAAUAACGAAAUUGCAGUUAGAAUGAGGAAAUUGUUUAUUUUACUGCCAUUCCCAGCAUUUCAUCGCUGGACCACCGUUAGCGGCUAAAAUAUGCAAAUUUUAGAUUCUGUUUCACAGGUUUUUUAACGAUCGCUAAAAAGUACUUCGGGUCAUCAAAUCCUAGACUGUUUGCACUCAUUUGGAAGCAUAUUACUUCUUCUUAUGUCCCAAUACCAUUUAGGCAUUAUGUUUCUGUAAUGAGCAAAUACUGGUCGUCUUUAUUUCACUAAACCAAUAAAGAAAGCAUAGUAUAACAGACGCACCGCAUGCCUGUUUUCUUAUCACGGGAAACUAAGGGAGAUUAAGAAUCUACGACGACGACAACGACGACAACGUCAAAAAACAAUUGGUUUUAUGAGCAAAACAACAACUCUGCACGUGCAUCACGCUUUCUAGUACAUUUCUUUGACGUAUACUGCGCACGACUACGACGUGAAGCCUCCCAAUGCGACGUUUUGUGGAGGACGUGGACAGACGACGAAAAAAGUCGCCUAGAUUUUACGAAUUAAGCGGUUCCACAUAGGCGCGAUAAAGUUUGAAACGACGCAAAUUCAUUUUUCUAGUGAUGUUUUCACUGCCGUCGUCGUCGUUGUUGCUUAAGCUGCCUAUUGAGGGCCUUACGAUCCGACAACGGCGACAAAAAUGAAAACGUUGCGGAAAAAUAGACUUUGCGUCCUUUGAAACUUUUUCGCUCUUGCACCAAGUCAUCCAGUUGCUAGAAGGUAGGGUAGUUAGGUUAGAACUGAAGAGAGGGGACAGCGCGCGAGUUCAGAGAGAGAUAGUGACAUUCAUUGCCUUGCCGUUCCCGUUCUCAAGUCAUCUCAAAAUUUGGUCAUUUCGCGUCGUAGUUGUGCCGGGACGCCUAAGAAAUGUCCAAAAAACGCGUGAUGCACGUGCAAAGUUUUUUUUAAAAUUCUAUUUCAAUCUAUAUCAACACUUACACAAAUAUUAAAAAAAAAAUACGAUACUUUACAAUAAAUUGCAGUACACUGUAUUACAGUCUUGCUACAAAAGUACAAUAAAAUGCGACUCUAAUGUUGAGUAUAACCUUACUAAUUGAAUUGAGAUAUAGCUAGCGAACAAACUUCUUCUCAAUAAAAGGUUUCCAUUUAUUAUAAUAAUAUUCAAGUGAGUUAACGCUUACUGCAAUUUUUUUUUCUAUCUCGGCUUUGUUUGCGACUAUAGUUAGAUAAAACGUACAACUUUUGUACGGGCAAAGUUGUUGUUUUGCUCAAAUAAACCUGUUGAGUUCUAGACGUUCCCGUUGUCUUUGCCGUUGUCGGAUCCUAAGGUCCCUAUUAAAAGCAACGACGACGGCGACGUCAAGAGAACGGCAACCAAAACAACCACUUUGCACAUGCAUCACGUUUUCUUUACAUUUCACAUUUGAAGAAACAGUUAUUUUUUUCCCACAGACUGCGACACCUUUGCGUAGGAACACUCACUCCAGUGCUCACGAUGCACCGCUCCCUGUUCAUGGUCCAGGAAACGUAACAACAGUUCCAUUGCCUCACUAUCCUGCUGGUAAGGUUUCCUUUUUUUCCAUCCCUGUCAAAACUCCAAAAAAAAUUCUACAAUUUGAUAAACGCCCUGACAACACUAGUAAGACAAUGAUACGGACUUCCGGCGGCAAACAAUUCCAGAGAAAAAAUUUCCACUCGAACCGAGCGUCUCGAUCGAAAUUUCCAGGUAAUUCAGCACAAUGGAAAGCACUCCAAGUAUGCCUUUGCCAUUUAUUUCAAUACACAGUAUUUACGGCCAAAUACGUGAGCCGGGCUUACCCGCUUUGCCGUUUUGCCGAGAUUUUAGCACCCUAAAUUCAACUUUCAAACUCGUUCCCAGGGUUGGCAGGGUUGUUAAACUUGGUGAUUACAUGACAAUAGAGAUAGCCCAGCAACCCAACCCGGAUCAUGUAAUCAGGCCCUUACUCUAAUAAACUAACAAAAAAAACCCUACCAAUCAAUGAGAUUCCUUCGUAAGAGAAAAAAAAUCAAAAUUUGAUGCUUUUUAUGCUCUUCUUCUCAUUUUUUACUUUCAUGCGAUUUCUUGCGGCUGCAGUUAAGGAGGGCAUUCCAUCAGACGAAGAUCUGGAACGCCUGUCAAUGAAAGUUGAAAAGUGGAAACCGCUUGCGCGUCGGCUACUUGAAUCCUCAGAAUUAGAAGCACUUCACAAGGACAACGAAGAAUGGUCUGAGAAAGCAUUUGCUAUGCUAAUAAAGUGGAAACGAAAAAAAGGUUCCAAGGCUACUUACCGUUGUUUAUAUGAUGCCCUCUGUCAUGAUUUAGUGAAUCGAAGAGAUUUAGCGGAAAAAUUUUGUUGUAGCUGUUCUAAACCUGAAGGUUAA